AUGGCUGACUUCGCGCUCAGUUCGCACAGAACCGUGCACCCGGACCGCUUGUGGAUCUGGCGGAUGGGUGUGUAUGUGGACGAGAACGACCGCACGUGGGUGCCCAUAAAGGUUCAGGAGGAAGAGUGCCCCAGAGUGCUCAUGCGCCAGGAAGACGUGUCCCGGGGGGAGCCCGUGCGCCCCAGCCAGCUGCCCCCGAGCGUGCUGCCCGUCAUGUGGCAGCUCUACCCUGGCCAACGGUAUCGGUCCUCAGACUACAGUUUCUGGCGCAUAUUGUACCACAUCAGGGUCUGCGGCACUGAAGACCUGCUCCUGGAACAGAUUCCAGAACCGUAG